CUCUCUCUCUUCUUUCACAGUCUUUCACUUUUUUAGCAACCUCCUCGCCAGUUCACUGUACAAGAAGGCUAGAAAGUUCGUCGUUUUUCAGCCGGAGCUGCGCCAUUGUCGCCGGAGAGAAGCUUUUCCUGCUUUAGAUUCCCCAAAAAUGGAGACUUUCCGCAUCUGAAGUCUGCAAAACCGGCGAGUGAGUUUGGAAGAUGUAUAAGGCGGUGAUUUUCUCAGUCCUGUUGCUGUCGGUGACGCUCUGUCUUGUUCCGGUGAGAUCUUUGGACCCGCCAUUGAACGACGAUGUCUUGGGGCUGAUUGUCUUUAAAGCUGACCUGCGAGAUCCGGAGCAGAAGCUCGCCUCUUGGAACGAGGAUGACUACAGUCCCUGCAACUGGGUUGGUCUGAAAUGCAAUCCGAGAACGAAUCGAGUCACGGAGCUUAACCUAGAUGGGUUCUCCCUGUCGGGUCGGAUUGGUCGUGGGCUACUGCAGCUUCAGUUCCUUCGUAAGCUGUCGUUAUCCAACAACAAUCUCACAGGAAACAUCAACCCUAACCUGCUGAGUCUCCAGGACCUUAAAAUUGUCGAUCUGAGCAACAAUGGUUUGUCGGGUUCGAUUCCCGAUGGGUUUUUCCGGCAAUGUGGGUCGUUAAGAGCUAUUUCCUUGGCGAACAACAAUUUAUCCGGCAAGAUACCGGUCAGUAUAAGCUCUUGCUCGUCUCUUGCUGCUUUGAACUUGUCCUCGAAUCAUUUGUCGGGUUCGCUGCCUUCUGGGAUUUGGUCAUUGAACACUCUCAGAUCGCUUGAUUUGUCGGGUAAUGGGUUAGAGGGAGAGAUUCCAGAAGGGAUAGACAGCUUGAACAACUUGCGUGUGCUUGAUUUGAGUAGGAAUCGAUUUUCGGGUCUUGUUCCGAGCGAAAUUGGGAACUGCUUGCUGCUAAAGUACGUCGAUCUUAGUGAAAAUUCUCUGUCGGGGAACUUGCCAGAUUCAUUGCAGAAGCUAAAUCUGUGUUAUUUUCUGGAUUUGGGAAAGAACGCAUUAGAAGGGGAUGUUCCCAAGUGGAUUGGAGAAAUGAGGAGCCUUGAGACUUUGGAUUUUUCCAUGAAUAAGUUUUCAGGGCAGAUUCCAGAUUCCAUUGGGAACCUUCUGUCGUUGAAGACACUGAAUCUUUCUGCAAAUGGGUUUACCGGUGGCUUGCCGGACCCGCUAGCUCACUGUGUAAACCUCUUGGCCUUAGAUUUUAGCCAGAAUUCAUUGUCAGGAAAUCUGCCCGUUUGGAUAUUUCAAGGUGGUUCUCAUGAGGUUUCUAGUUUGAAGAAUGGUAAUUCCACAGGAAGCAUUAAGAACAUUCAAGUGUUGGAUUUGUCAGACAAUUCUAUAUCUGGAGAGCUUGCGAGCGGAGUAGGAGAUCUUGCAGAUCUGCAGGUCUUGAAUCUCUCGAGAAAUUCUCUUGCUGGGCCGAUCCCGAGUGCCAUAGGGGAAUUGAAGAACUUGGACGUUCUUGAUUUAAGUCACAAUCAGCUUAACGGCAGCAUUCCUCAAGACAUCGGUGGAGCUGUUUCGUUGGAGGAGCUGAGACUGGAAAGCAACCUGUUAGAGGGAAGAAUCCCGUCUUCGAUCAAGAAUUGCAGUUCUCUUCGAUCUCUGAUCCUUUCACAGAACAAUUUGCUAGGUCCAGUUCCACCGGAAAUCGCAAAACUCUCAAAUCUGAGAGAUGUGGACUUAUCGUUCAAUGAUCUAACCGGAACACUUCCUAAGCAGUUGGCUAAUCUUGGAAAUCUUCACACCUUCAACAUAUCUCAUAACCAGAUUUGUGGUGAACUGCCUACCGGUGGAAUCUUCAACACCAUAUCUCCUUAUUCGGUAUCAGGCAAUCCAGCACUAUGCGGAGCCGUCGUCAAUAAGUCUUGCCCUGCUGUCCUGCCGAAGCCAAUUGUGCUGAACCCGAAUGCCACUUUCGAUCCUUCUUCAGGGGAGGCUUUACCUUCGGGUCCUGGCCACAAAAGGAUACUCCUCAGUAUAUCUUCUUUAAUUGCAAUCAGUGCUGCUGCAGCCAUUGUGGUCGGUGUAAUAGCCAUCACGGUCCUUAAUCUGCGGGUCCGUGCAUCUACCAUAACCCGGUCAGCUGCUCCACUCACGUUUUCGGGUGGUGAUGAAUUCAGUCAAUCACCCACUACUGACAGCAACUCGGGCAAACUUGUCAUGUUCUCUGGUGAACCAGAUUUCAGCACUGGAACGCAUGCUCUGCUUAACAAAGACUGUGAGCUCGGCCGAGGUGGGUUUGGAGCAGUUUACCGGACAGUUCUCCGGGAUGGUUGUCCUGUCGCUAUCAAGAAGCUUACUGUCUCGAGCCUUGUCAAGUCCCAGGAAGACUUUGAAAGGGAGGUCAAGAAACUCGGAAAACUCAGGCAUGCCAAUCUUGUGAACCUCGAAGGGUAUUACUGGACACCAUCGUUGCAGCUCAUGAUUUACGAGUUCCUGUCUGGUGGGAGUUUGUACAAACACCUGCACGAAGCAUCGGGAGGUAGCCUGCUUUCUUGGAACGAUCGGUUCAACAUAAUUCUCGGUACAGCGAAAUGCUUAGCCUACUUGCACCAAUCGAACGUAAUCCACUACAACAUCAAAUCGAGCAAUGUCUUGCUCGACAGCUCAGGUGAGGCUAAGGUCGGAGACUACGGCUUGGCAAGGCUAUUGCCAAUGCUUGACCGGUACGUACUGAGCAGCAAGAUUCAGAGUGCUCUCGGCUAUAUGGCUCCGGAGUUUGCCUGUAAAACAGUGAAGAUAACGGAGAAAUGCGACGUCUAUGGAUUCGGAGUGUUGGUUCUCGAGAUUGUGACCGGUAAGAGGCCAGUGGAAUACAUGGAAGAUGACGUCGUGGUUCUAUGCGAUAUGGUGAGGGAGGCUCUUGAAGAUGGAAGGGCAGAAGAAUGCGUGGAUGCACGGUUGCAGGGUAAGUUUCCGACUGAAGAAGCGGUUCCCGUCAUCAAGCUGGGACUCAUCUGCACCUCUCAGGUGCCGUCGAGCCGGCCAGACAUGGGAGAGGUUGUCAACAUUCUGAAGAUGAUCAGAUGCCCGUCUGGUAGCUCGGACGAGUUGGGUUCGAGUUGAAAAAAAAAACAUAACUAACAUAUUCACAAGACUUGAGAGAGGAAAAAUGUCCGGCGAAGAGGAAUCCGGUUUGUUCAUUUGUUUUGUAAUCUCAUCUCCAUGUUUUUUUUUGUCUGUAAUGUUUUUUUGAUGUUAUGUUCUGUUUUUGAGUGUUUCUUGUAUUGACUGUGUCUGUAGCUUCUUCUUCUUCUUCUUCCUUCUCCUGUCUGGUUUAGGGUUUGCCGGAUUUGUCUUCUCCGGGUUCCAAAAUUUGGGACCCUUCUUAAUGAUCUUUUAAUCAUUUUCCGAGUAACCCAA